CCCCACCUAUUGUUACAUAUUGUGCCACAAAACAAAAAAUUUGUUUUAACAUUUUCAUAAAUGGAAAUACAUUUUCUGGGAACGGGUGCAGCACACCCUAGCCCCACUCGAGGUGCCUCAAGUCUUGUGGUCCGCCUCCCAAGUGGUUCCUGCUGGAUGUUUGAUUGUGGAGAGGGGACACAAACCCAGCUGAUGAAGAGCAACAUCCGCCCAGGAAAACUAGACAAAAUAUUUAUAACACAUCUCCAUGGUGAUCAUUUAUUUGGUCUGCCAGGUCUGCUGUGUACCAUCAGCUUAAACAGUCCUGAUGGAAGGUCCGCAGUUCAUCUCUAUGGUCCUAAAGGCCUGGGGCACUAUUUGACCUCAGCUUUGACAACAUCUGGUUCUUUUCUCAGCUUUUCUUGUGUCAUUCAUGAGCUUUGUCCUGCAGAUGACACAGUUGACAAACACCAAACUGGAGUUUCCCCUGAAACAUCUGAAAACAACAUCCAAAUUUCACAAAUAUUCCCAACCAGCAAAAUGACUUGGAAUGUUUUUGACAAUGAUAACAUGGCAGUUUCUGCCGCCGAGCUGAAACACAGGAUAACAUGCUAUGGUUAUGUCAUACAAGAAGGUGACUUACCUGGUAGGUUGAAUGCAGAAUUGUUGAAAUCAAAAGGCAUCCCUCCAGGACCUUUGUAUGCAAAGAUCAAAAGUGGUCAGUGUAUUUAUACAGAGGAUGGUUCAGAAAUUCGACCUGAGGAUGUUUUAAGCCCUCCACCGGCAGGGCAGAAAAUUGUUAUUUUAGGUGACACAUGCAACUCCGAGCAGAUUAUGAACUUGGCUAUGAAUGCGGAUGUUCUUAUUCACGAAGCAACAAACGAAAAUUCUCAUCAAGAAAAGUGUAUAGAGAAUGGCCAUUCAACCCCAGGCAUGGCAGUACAUUUCGCUAAAUCAAUCCAGGCAAAGAAAUUAAUCCUAACACAUUUUAGUCAAAGAUACAAAGGACAGGAUGAAGUAUUGAAGGCUGGGGAGGAAAGUGUUUUAAAACUUUUACAAGAAGCAAAAGAUGAAUUUGACAAUGUGAUUGCAGCACAGGACAUGCUUGUAGUAAACAUUAAAAGAACGAAAAAAACAGAACAAUUAGUUUCUAGCUAGUUUACUUUACAAUAUUAGAUGAAAUACUCAAUUUCAAUAAAACAUUCAAACAAAUAA